AUGUCAGCUUCCCAGGGAGAAGACCGCAGUCGACUCGAUGGGUUCGAGCUUGAGACUUUCAAACUAGACGAGGCCACCUCCGAUCAGUGGAGAGAAAGGCUUCGAGCGCCUCUUGAGCAUGCGGCGGCCGAGGGUAACACGGACCUCUUUAUGCGGCUGCUAGAUGCCGGUGCCGAUGGUAUUGCAGGCUGGCGGGACUGCGGUGGACGAACGCUGCUGGACGCGGCUGCACAUGGCAAGAACGAGGAUAUAGAACGGACCGUGCUAAAGGCCGGGGUGAGAGAAGACGUCAACGUCUGCUUCGGGGAAAGGCGAGAGUCGGCACUACAUGUGGCUGUGGUGCAGGGCGCCGACAAUAUCUCCGGGAAGCUGUUGAUCGCUGGAGCAGACCCGAACCUGCUUGAUGGCGCAGGGCAAAGCCGCUUCACGUCGCUGCUAGCGGAGGACAUCACCGAGUUAUCGGACUCCUCCUCAAAGGAGCCAACGCACAUGGAAAGAUGUCGGGAUGGAUGCACGAUACUCCUCUCGAUGUUGCAGCCAUAAGGGGUCACACGAGUUGCGUGUCGGAGCUUUUGCUUGGGCGGAAAAGGAUUCUGGCAAUUGUACUGGCCGCACCCCGCUCUUUACAGCAGCAGCAGAAAACCACGUAGAGGUAGUGAAGGAACUGUUGGCUGCCGGUGCUAACGUCGACAUUCGUUCCGUCACCCGC